CGGCAUUAGUCGCGAAAGAAUUUUGAUAAGAGACGUCACAGAAUCGUGCAAUUAGUCAAAAGUUUUCAAAGACAAAUAAUUCAUUUGUAGCGUUCUUUAAAAGAAACUUUAUCGCAUUGCGUAGGUUCGGGAUCUGUUAUCAAUAGAGUUGUCAUAAUAGAAUAAAUUGUGUUUUUAACACGAAAUAUUGAAUUGAAAAGUAGUUGCCUUAUAUGUGUGCUUUUAAAAGAAUCGUAUAGAAUACUUCGAACCGAGGCUGAGGGUUCGUUCAGGGUCUGACUGAAUGAUAUAACCUGAAGAAAUAUGUUUGGCGCAAUUUAUUGCAAAUCUUGUAAUAUAUGAACAAAAUAUUUAAGAAGAGUAUAUCCUACAAAAGACUCUUCGCAUAAACAUAUAUGAGGAUAUUAUAAGUCUGGAAUAUGAAAAAUACCAUACAUAGCCUCUUUUAAUUCAAAAUUUGGACCACUUACUAUUGCAGCAAUAAAAUCACGUCUGUACAUUGUGAAAAACAUGCCUCUGUUCGGAAAGUCUCAAAAGAGUCCGGCGGAGGUGGUAAAAGCUCUUAAGGAAGCAGUAAAUGCAUUGGAGCGUGGUGAUAAGAAGGUAGAAAAGGCUCAAGAGGAUGUCAGUAAAAAUUUGGUACAUAUAAAAAAUAUGCUUUAUGGAACAGCCGAAACAGAGCCUCAAGCAGAUAUUGUUGUUGCCCAAUUGGCCCAAGAAUUGUAUAAUAGUAAUUUGUUGCUUCUACUUGUGCAAAAUCUUAGUCGCAUAGAUUUUGAGGGAAAGAAGGAUGUUGCUCAAGUGUUUAAUAAUAUAUUACGGAGACAAAUUGGAACCAGAUCUCCAACAGUAGAGUAUAUAUGUACUAAACCGGAAAUAUUGUUUACUCUCAUGUCUGGAUAUGAGCACCAAGACAUUGCUUUAAACUGUGGCACUAUGUUAAGAGAAUGUGCAAGAUAUGAGGCCUUGGCAAAAAUCAUGAUCUAUUCGGACGACUUUUACAAUUUUUUCAGAUACGUUGAAGUGUCAACAUUCGACAUAGCUUCCGACGCGUUUUCUACGUUCAAAGAAUUACUUACCAGGCAUAAAAUACUGAGCGCUGAGUUUUUAGAAAUUAAUUACGAUAAAGUUUUCUCUCAUUAUCAAAGGUUAUUGAAUUCAGAAAACUAUGUUACGCGACGACAAAGUUUGAAACUGCUAGGGGAACUCUUACUCGAUAGACACAAUUUUACCGUAAUGACACGAUAUAUUUCGAAUCCUGAUAAUUUGAAAUUAAUGAUGAAUAUGCUCAAAGAAAAAUCACGUAAUAUUCAGUUUGAAGCGUUUCAUGUUUUUAAGGUAUUCGUGGCGAAUCCAAAUAAACCGAAACCAAUCUUAGAUAUAUUACUGCGUAAUCAGGAAAAAUUAAUCGAAUUCUUGACGCGCUUCCACACUGACCGUUCCGAAGACGAACAGUUCAAUGAUGAGAAGGCGUAUCUUAUUAAGCAGAUUAAAGAACUUAAGUCUGUACAUGAGAAUUAAGUCCAAAAUACAAGUUAUUGCUACAGCUACCGUUAACUACUACUAUUGAAGUCUAUUCAACUGCUGUUGCUACUGUUACACCAUCACAGUCACCGAUGUAGCAAUCUACCAUUAUUUUCUUCCUAUCUUUCUGUCUUUUACUGUCCCUUUCUUUCACUUGUUAUAGUUAUCGUUAAUCGAUUCAUAAUGAUUCGAUUAUUAUUAAUUAUUAUUAUUAAUUAUUACUAUUAUUAUUAUUAAUUAUUAUUAUUAUUAUUAUCGCUAUUACUUUUAUUUGCGAGUAGUUCUGUAAAUAAAGUUUUCGUUUAAUUAUGCA